CACAAGAGAACAAUAAUUCAUAUUGAUUUAGACUGUUUUUAUGCUCAGGUGGAAAUGUUGAAAAAUCCAGAGCUUACCGACAAACCAGUUGGGAUAAAAACAGCAAACAUUGUAAUCACAAGUAAUUAUGUAGCCAGAGAGUAUGGAAUUAAAAAAUGUAUGUUGAUUACAGAGGCACUUGCUCUAUGUCCUAAGCUCAUCAUUAUUAAUGGAGAGGAUUUACAUGACUAUAGAUUGAUGUCAUCAAAAGUGACUGAUAUUGUACGACAGUUCAGUACCAAAGUCGAAAAGUUGGGUUUGGAUGAGAACUUUGUGGACAUUUCAGAUUUGGUUUCAUCAAAAUUGGCGUCUAAAGACAAUCAUAGUUAUAGUGUGGUAGGACACAUAUACAAAAAUGAAAUAGAAAAUAUUUGUGCAUGUGGUUGUAGAGAGAGGCUUGUUAUUGGAUCAAAUAUUGCUAGUGAAAUAAGAGCGAGAAUAAGAGAAGAAUUGGGUAUGACAUGUUGUGCUGGUGAAGCGUGUUUCGGUGUCGAUGACACAGAUGUCAAGGAGAGUGGUAAACAACAAGUUAUUGGCUUGGAAGAAGCUUCAAAAAUGAUUGGUUCAAUGGAGGAGGUCCGUAAUAGAUUAAAAUCUUUAAUAGAUCGGGGCAUGGUUUUAUUAGAAGAAGAUGGACGCUUUCCCACUACAAUACGUGUUGCUGUGCGUAAAUAUUCUUCCCAUGAAGAAUAUUGUAGACAGAGAGAAAGUAAACAAUGUCCAAUAAAUCCAUCUAUAUUUAGAUCAAAUAUCGCUAAGGAUCAUAUACUUGAAGCUGCUCUUGGUUUGUUUAAAAAGCUUGUUGAUCAUACAAAACCUUUUCAUUUAACACUUAUAGGAUUGGCAUUUACAAAGUUUCAAGAAGAGUUACCAGUAAAAAGUUCAAUGCUCCAAUUUUUAAGAAAAAAAGUCUUUUGACGAACCAAACAGUAAGGAUUUAACCAUAACUGAUACCAGUGUUGGAA